UCACCGUAUCGAAGCAGAGCCAGGUGAUGGCGCAGGUCACCUAUCAGGCGCUUUUCCGGAGCUUCCCCAAGCUGUGCGGCAUGACGGGUACCGCCAUGACCGACGCGAACGAGCUCGGCACCACCUACGGCUUGCAAGUGGUCCAGUCCCGAGCCCGCAGCAAGACCUCAUACGGCCACCCCACCUCCCUUUUGUUGCAUGUCCUCAAGAUCCCUACGGCCCUGCCGAUUGCGAGGAGAGACUACCCCGACGUCGUCUUCCGCAACCGCGAGGGUGCUAACGCGGCCAUGCUCAAUGAGGUGGAGAGGCUCCACAAGGACGGGAGGCCGGUCCUGAUCGGAACCACAAACGUCCGCAUGUCAGACCAGACGGCGAAGGAUCUCGAGGAGAGGGGGGUCCCGUGCCAGACCCUUAACGCCAACCCCGACUUGGUUGAGCGAGAGAGCGAGAUCGUGGGGCAGGCUGGUCGGCUUGGAGUGGUGACGGUAGCGACUAACAUGGCCGGCAGGGGCACAGAUAUCUUGCUGGGCGGGAAUCCGUCGGUGAUGGCGAGGAUCAGGGUCAGGGACGCCCUGGCGGCUGAGUUGCUCAGCGAUGAAGACCUCGCGGCGGUGCCCAAGGUGGGAGAAAACUUCUUCCCCUGUGAACUCCCGGAAGAGGCGUCGUCGGCUCUGGAGGAGGCCAUCGCCGCAUGCAAGGGUGACUCCGCGCUCUUUGCCUCCGACAACGACAGCAGCGACGCCGGGAAGCUGCUUUCGCGGGAGGCGCUAGAGGGCCUGGUGUCUGCGGCUUGCGAGGCGGGACCUGUGGAGGGUGACGGGGCCGUGGCUGUCAGGGAGGCGGCGACGGCCAUCAAGAAAAGCUUCGCCGAUGCCCUCAGCGAGGAAAAAGAAAAGGUAAACUGCGCGCAAGUGGUGCUCGAACUCGGCGGCCUUUACGUGGUGGGCACGGCAAGGCACGAGAGCCGUCGCGUAGACAACCAGCUUAGGGGGAGAGCCGGGAGGCAGGGGGACCCGGGGGCGACACGGUUCUUCCUUUCACUGGACGACGACAUCUUCAGGUGA